AUCAUUCGUACGUAUAUCUACAAAAUUUGGGAAGAUCCUGCAGACUGCAGUAAUUUUAAAGUAAAGUAAAGCAGUUUUUUUGCAGAUUAAAUUGAAUAAAAAAGUAGUUAAAAAUACUAGAAAGGUGUGUAUCGCGGUUUGCUGUAAAAAUAUGUCAGAAUUGGUGUUACUGAUGCGAAAUACUUGAUGCGAAAAGUGCAUAUAAAUUUUUUUUGUGGCUAAGGUGUGGAAAUUGGUAAUUUUUGAUUCGGGACGUUCGCUAAUGACCCGUGGCAUAUAUUUCCAAUAGUAAGUGUUCGCGUGUGAAAAGAAAAAAAAAAACUAUAUUCUUCUUGGCAAAUCAAUUUUCUGGGGAAUUGUUACAAAAAUAAAACCCAUUAAACAUCGGGCUAAGUCGCUAGAAAAAACUGCAGAUACAUCAUAUGUAUAAGUAAAAGAGGAAGAAGAAAUCGCGUCGAAGUUCGUGUGACGUCGACUUCAAUGCUUCUGAGUCGGCCUUGAUACUGCAGCGGUGUGUUAAUGUAUCCGAUCCGUAUGAAGCAUCUGAGUCUUCUGUUGAACAAGACACCCAAAAAUUUCGAUAUUCCGAAAAGUGGCUUUUUCCAUGUAUAGAAAUAGUCUAUUUGCAAAAUCCCUUUCAAAAGUUGCUAAAACUUUGUAUUGGAAUUCGGGAAUAAGAAAAAUUAAUUAUAUAAAUGAACUGGAAUGAUGCGUUACACAUUAAUUAAUAACAUUGAAAAAAUUGUCAUAAUUUUUUUGGAGAAUCUCAUUUCCUGCAGUAGUGGAAUUUUUAAAUUUCGCAGAAGACGCACUAUGCCACUACUCGAACGCAUAGUGACAUACAGAUUGCUAAGUUUUCAACGCUCCUCCUUGUGUUUUUAUAUCUUGAUGGAAGUACAUAAAAUUCUUCUAUCCGGUGGCGUAUGUACGCUAAGAGAACUUUUUUACAAUGAUCCCGCAAAAUGCUGCAAAACUGUCAGUAUUUGUAGUAGUUUAAAAGAUGUCUGUGCACUUUUACAUACAACUCCAUGGAAUUUAAGAAUUUUCGCAUCUGGAAAGGGACUAAUAGCAGGUGCAAUCCGUUUUCUUAUGAUAAAUGGUGACAUGAUCGACUGUUAUACGUAUGGCGGUGCUGUUGUGCUUCCACAAGAUCAGAAUUCAAUCGAUCGCUUGGAAACAAGUGCCUCAUUUGUACUGCUUGUCGAAAAAAAUACCAUAUUUUCUAAACUCUUAUCACAAAAAAUAUUCGAAGUCAUUGGCGUAGAUAUAAUAUUGAUUACUGGAAAAGGGUAUCCAGACCUAUGUACGCGUUACAUUGUAAAUCGCCUUUCUGCCGAGCAUAAACUACCAGUAUAUGCUCUUUUUGACGCCGAUCCAUAUGGCAUUGAUAUCCUAUUGACCUAUCAAUUUGGGUCGCGGAAGAUGUCCCGAGAAAUGUUAAAGAAUUUAAUAUGUCCACACAUACGCUGGUUAGGUAUACAUCCAACCGAGCUUAAAAUGUUUAACUUUUCAAGUAUGGCGCUGACUGAAAACGAUAAUCGCAAACUUCAAAAUAUGUUGGGAUAUAACCAUCUGAAGUUCAGCUUACGCUAUGAAUUACAAACGUUACAAAACCUACAAAGAAAAGCACAUAUCGACGACUUGAAUAGCAUUUCAAAUAAUUUUCUCAUAAAUGACUAUGUGCCAAAUAAGAUAAGAAGAAAUCUUGUUAUUUAAAGUAAUCAGAUCCAUAUACUUGAAAAGAAUUGAAUAAAUUUUUAAAUUUCAGUGAA